AUGUAAGAGUUUAAUAACUAAGUCUGGUCGUGGCAAAGGCACUCCAAUUCGAAAUACGACCAUGCCAUUUCCUACCCUGUUUUCCCCGCAAUCAAACUAAAAGAACAUCUCUCUCCCUCUCUCUCUCUCUCUCUAAAAAUGACUUUUGUGUUUGGUUCCUAACAAUAAUUUACUUAGAUUUCAAUUUUUUUAUUGUAAAUUAAUUAUCAAUGGUUUUUCUUGUUUGAUGUUGUAAUUUCGAGAGAAGUAGAAAUGACCAAAGAGAAUCAAUCGGAGAAGAUGGUGAAUGUUGUCAGGCGUCCAUGCUUCUUUGUGAUUUUCUCUUCUAAUUUAAGCUCAGAGCGACUGGAUUAACGCAAUCCAAAUUGUUCACAUGGCAGAGAAUCCCUGUCAGUUUCAUCAAGCAUAUGGAAGGGAAAACGCCGGGAUUAGUUUCUUUGUUGGGCCCUAGUGGGGAUGUUUGGACAGCUGACUUAACUCAGGAGAAUGACGAUGUGUUAUUCAGUAAUGGGUGGUCGGAAUUUGUGAGAGAUCAUUUCUUGGAAUGCGGUGACCUUUUGGUUUUUAGGUAUCAUGGCGAGUUGUGUUUCUCUGUGCAAGUGUUUGAUCAAAGUGCGUGUGAGAAAGAGGCUGCGUUUCAUUCCAAAUGCAGCCAAGGUUGUAGUGAAUUUUGUGGAAGUACAGGGAAGAAGAGAGAAAGAGAGGAGGAGGCUGCAUCAUUAGAGAAAGAUUUUGUUUGUGCACGGAAAAAGGUUAGAGAGGGCUCUUCUGAAUUCCAUUCAGCAUACAUAGAAAAGAACCGGGAAGCUCAUAUCAGCGCAUGUGAUGUGGGAGGGUGCCAGCAUGAUGGGGUCCUCACAACUGAAGAAAGUUUAUCUCGUGAAACAAAUCAAUGUGGGAAUCCAGCCAAUUGUUUUGCCACUCCCUCUCAAUCAAAAGCAUGCUCUGAAAAGCAAGAGGUACCCAUCUGGAAAAGAUUUGGCAAAGAUGAUGACUUGAAGCUGCAUGACAGAGGUCAUAUGUCAAUUUUUUCAGAACGUGAGAAAAGAGUUGCUGAAUCUUUUAUCUCUUGCUUUCCGUACUUCGUGAGGAUCAUGAAACGGUUUAACGUCAGUGGUUCAUACACUCUGAAUAUACCAUAUCAAUUUUCAAUGGCACAUCUUCCUAAUUGCAGAACAGAAAUUAUCCUUCGUACUAUCAAAGGAGCGUGUUGGAGUGUGAAUUCUGUACCAGCUACAAGAGUGCAUACAAGCCAUACCUUAUGUGGAGGAUGGAUGGCCUUUGUUCGUAGCAAUGACAUCAAUGUGGGAGAUGUUUGUAUUUUUGAACUUGUGCGCAAAUAUGAAUUGCGUGUUUUUAUUCUUCGAGUUGGAAAGGAGGGCCCAGAUAUGGAAACUGGAAAAGUAGUUUCUAACGGGGAAAACACUGGGUGUCAUGCCAUUGCACAUAAAACUGAAAGUUUUCCAAAGAAAUCGAGAAGGAACUGCUUGAAGGUCCAUUCUAAACUCAUUAAAAAAGCAGAAAUAUGUGAUAAAAAAGAGUUUGAGAAGAGUCAAGCAACUGGCAUUUUGAGGCAUGGAAAUGCAACAAAGGAUUCUGCCAGUGCUGUGCUCUUCUCUAUGUCACAAACUAGAGAUGGAAAGAAGCAGGCACCAAUUCAGAAUGGAAAGGGUGUAGAAGCUGAAGCUGGUCUGAGAAGGUUGGUAGCACUGGAUGAAGAAAGAGCAGCCAAGUCCUUUACGUCUGGUUUUCCUAAUUUUGUUAGAAUCAUGAGGAAGUUCAAUGUUAGUGGUUCAUAUACUUUGAAAAUCCCCCACCAGUUUUCAGCAGCAUAUCUUCCGAACUGUAAGACAGAGGUCAUCCUUUGUAAUUUACAAGGGCGAUGCUGGACUGUGAAUUCUCUCCCAGACUCAAAAGGUAGAGCAGUGCACACUUUUUGUGGAGGGUGGAUGGCCUUUGUUCGUGACAACAAUAUCAAGAUAGGGGAUAUCUGCAUGUUUGAGCUUGUUGGCAAGUGUCAAAUGCGGGUACAAAUAUCUGGGGUUGGACAUGAAGUGGUCAAUCAUCAAAUUGGAAAUCCAGCAUCCAAUGACUUACCUCUUCUGGCAGUGCCUCGCAAUGAUCCUCCCUCAUGAGGCUGAGCUUCUUUUUGCAUGUGUUUACCAGAGUGUGAUACUCGUGUUUGAGCCAAGGGGCGGUACUCGAAGGUGGCUGAAGGAAGUGGAGACGUUCUUCAAGGCUCGGUCUGUUAUUCGGCAUUUUUGGGGAUUCAUGAAUCUGCCGCCACUAAUUUUUCAUGCAACAGGGAGUCGUCCUUGUAACUGUCAUUGUACAUGCUAUGUAUCCUGGUUAGUUUUGUUUAUCUGUAGCUUGCGCUUGCAGCUUAGCAUGCAGUGGAAACAAUUAGAGUGUAGGAUGGAACUGCAAGAUCAGGCCCUUUGCUCGAACAACUUGGCUGAUAAUUAAUUCUUAGCGGACAUGAACGAAUGAAGGCGUUGAAAUGAAUGAAGAGGAUGGAACCUAAUUUGCUUGGAACGAUA